GUCCGCCCGGAAGGUGGAGAGAGGGUGGGCGAGCGCUCGGCGCUAGUCCGCCCAGCCGACGGGGCGGCUGCUGGCCUCCGGGGCCGGGACGCCUCCGAGCCGCGGGCCAUGGCGUCGGAGGGGCCGCGGGAGCCCGCGGGCGAGGGCAUCAAGUUGUCAGCAGAUGUCAAACCGUUUGUCCCCAAAUUUGCUGGGCUCAGUGUGGCAUGGUUAGAGUCUUCAGAAGCACCCGUGUUCCCCAGCUGUGCAGCCGCGUACUAUCCUUGCGUUCAGGAGCUGCCUGUGCCUGAGCAGACACUCUAUCCUGAGGAUAUGGCCUUUGGAGCUUCAACAUUUCCUCAUCAGUAUUUAUCUUCGGAGAUGGCUCUUCACCCAUAUACCCCUUCUCCUUACACCCUGGAGUCUGCACACAAUAUUUGCCCAGUGCCUGGCUCCCAGUAUGAUUACAGCCAACCCAGUCAUUACCGAGGUUUCCAGACGAAGCCACAGUGUGAGCACGUGUGCCCUCUCCCACAAGACACGAAAGCUCUGUUUAAGAAAAAAACAUAUGAUGAGCAAAAGUUUGCCGGUAAAAAGGCUGAUGGACCUGUAUCAUCUGAUGUAAAGUCAGUGAGAAGCUCACAUUGUUUGUCCUUUCGUGCUGACUCUAAUUUGAAAUCAGGUAAAGAUGGUUAUCAUAAACGAACAGACAGGAAAUCCAGAAUCAUUGGAAAGUGUGGACCUGCCUCCAAACCUGAGUUUGAAUUUACCGGGUUGGAUUUUCCUAAACUGCAGGGUGCAGAGAACAGUGAGAGAGUAGAGACACCAAAACAGCCCAAGUGGGGGCCUCCACGCUCUGCCUCUACAGACACGUCCCUGGGGAGAGAAGCGGUGAAACCCGCUCCAGCGUUAGAGGGUGAAAUAGUGGUGAAAAAUAAUAAGCCGACUGACUCUGUAACUGAUAAUGCUGCUACCAAUUCCUCUCCAUGUACAGGAGAGUUAUCCUGGACGCCAAUGGGUUAUGUUGUCCGUCAGACGUUACCUACAGAGUCAUCAUCAGCCCCUAGAAAUGUUACUUCUGUGAUAAACCUAAAGACGGUUGUUUCAUCAGCAGAUCCUAAAAAUGGUAGCCAAUCAUCUUCUCAAGUUUUAUCUUCGGAUCCUUCCUACAGCAGAGAGAAACCCAUUGUCCACUCAACUAAAAAGUGCAAAGCAUCACAAGGUGGUGAUUCUGAGCAAAAUGAAGUCUCAAGAAAGAAUAAGAAAAAGAAAGAAAAGUUUAAAUCAAAAUGUGAAAUCCACACAGCGCAAGAGCCACCACGGAUUGAAGAUACUGAAGAGUUUCCCAUUCUGGCAGUUGCAUCUGAAAGAAGAGACAGAGUAGAGUCACGGAAAUGUCAAUCUAAGCAGCAGCCACAGAAUAAUUUUAAAAGUGGAAAGAAGAGCCAAACUCCAGUACAGUUGGAUUUGGGGGGAAUGCUGGCAGCACUGGAAAAGAAGCAGCACUCCCAGAAUGCAAAGCAGUCCUCCAAACCAGUGGUGUUUUCAGUCGGGGCAGUUCCUGUUCUCUCCAAAGAGGCCACGUUGGGGAAGAAGGGCCACCGCCUCAGCCAGGUGAAGGCCCCGCACAACCCCCUGGACUCCAGCGCCCCCCUGAUGAAGAAGGGGAAGCAGAGGGAGGUCCCCAGAGCCAAGAAGCCGACGUCACUGAAGAAGAUUAUUUUGAAAGAACGGGAGGAGAGAAAGCAGCAGCGUCUCCAGGAAAAUGCCGUGAGCCCCACUCUGGCCAGUGAUGAUGUGCAAGAUGUAGAGAGUGGUGACAACCUGGCUCUGGAGCAGGAGGAGCCCACAGCCCCACAGGUGCUGUGCUGUGACUUGCUUUUCUGUGACACUCCGGCGGGAGCAGAAGCACCCAUGUGCUCCUCUCCUGCGGGAGAGAGCCAGUCAGAAGAGCCGCUGGGAGCUGAGAUCCAUAAGGAGGCAGCGACCUGCUCCCUGGCUCCCGAAGGUGCCAGCUGCCCCAAGAUCCACAGCCGGAGGUUCAGGGAUUACUGCAGCCAGGUGCUCAGUAAAGAGGUGGACGCCUGUGUUUCGGAGCUGCUGAAAGAGCUGGUCCGCUUCCAAGACCGUAUGUACCAGAAAGACCCCGUCAAGGCCAAGACCAAACGCCGGCUGGUGCUGGGGCUGCGGGAGGUGCUCAAACACCUGAGGCUCCGGAAGCUGAAGUGCGUUAUCAUCUCUCCCAACUGCGAGAGGAUACAGUCGAGAGAAAAGUGCUGCUGAAUACUUCGGGAAGCUUAUGGUGAACAGGCUCCAUCUCAAGAUCCUUGUGAGCGCUGGUUUAAACCCUUUAAAAGUGAUGAUUUCAAUAUGAAAGACAAAGAACGUCCAGGUCAACCGAAAAAGUUUGAAGACCAACAAUUACAAGCAUUAUUGGAUGAAGAUGCAUGUCAAACUCAAAACCAACUUGCAGAAAGAUUAAAUGUUGCUCAGCAAACAAUUUCCAAUCAUUUACAAGCAAUGGGAAAAGUUUUAAAAGAAGGAAAAUAUGUGCCACAUCAACUGAACGAAUGACAAAUGGAAAACCGAAAAGUCAUCAGUAAAAUGUUGCUUCAAUGGAAUAAAAGAAAGUCUUUUUUGCAUCGAAUUGUGACUGGUGAUGAAAAGUGGAUUUAUUUUGAGAACCUCAAACAUACAAAAUCAUGGGUUGAUCCAGGUCAACCAUCAACAUCGACUACAAGGCCAGAUCACUUUGGAAAGAAGACAAUGCUCUACAUUUGGUGGAUCAGGAAGGUGUGGUGGAUUAUGAGCUUCUAAAACCAGGUGAAACCAUUAAUACUGAUCGCUACCGACAACAAAUAAUCAAUUUAAACCACCUUUGAUUGGGAAAUGACCAGAAUGGGCCAGAAGACUUGGCAAAGUAAUUUUGCUUCAUGAUAACACACCAUCACACACUUCAAAACCAGUUAAAGACUCGUUAAAAGAUCUUGCCUGGGAAGUAUUAACCCACCUGCCGUAUUCACCAGACCUUGCUCCUUCAGAUUACCACUUCCGAUCGAUGGCACACGCACUUUCUGAGCAGCACUUCAAAAGGUACGAAGAAGUGGAAAAUUGGGGCUCUGAAUGGUUUGCCUCAAAACAUGAAAAGUUCUAUUGGGACGGUAUCCACAAAUGACCUGAAAGAUGGGGGAAAUGUGUAGCUAGCGAUGGACAUUACAGUAGGUCCUCGGGCUAUGUUGGAGAUCCUUCCUACGGCGCGACGUAAUGCAAUUUUCGCCAUAAGUCAGAACCCACCUACAUAAGCACCUACGUCACUCAGAUGGAGCACAUACACAGCAGUAAUGAAGUGAAACAGUUAAAGAAAUUUAAAAGAAAUAUAACAAUUCCUGACCUUUACUUGUGGUAAAUAAAUAGGAAAAAACAUAAAGCACAUAUGUACAUACAUCGAAAUGACAGAACUUUUUUUAUAAAUAAAUGGGA